AUGAGAGUGGAGAAGGUCGAAAGCUCGGAAUUUCGGAGAAUUUUGGACGAAGUCCGACUAGACCCAUACUUCCUAUUUGUUUCUGCGCAUAUAAAGUUCCAUUUGGAGGGGAUUAUGGAAGAGGAUUUGGAGUUGGAUUUGUGGAGAAUCAGGGAUGGGGACAGAUUGGCGUAUGCGGUGGUCAAACAUAACAGUCAUAAGUAAGUUGGACAAAUCAUUUUGGGACUGUCAAUGAAAAAGAAUUUGUCCAAAUUUGUGUCCGGGAGUAUAAACUAGACAUUUCUUAAUGUAUGAUUUAUGUUUUAAAGCAGAAACGGUCUUGUAUGCACCCUAUGCUUUGAUUUUUACUUUGUUUUUAUCCGGAGUUGGACGAUUGGGGGAAAAAGACGAUUGUGGAAAUCGAAAAGUAUUAUUUUUCUUCGCUGCAAUUGUCGAAGUAAUCGAAAGUGCUGAUUUCGAAUCAUUUCCUUAUAUAGAAGGAAUUGAAACUUACAAUUAGGCUCAAUUAUGUUCAGAAGAUGAUCUAUUCAUAGCCGUUAACCUGGCCGGUCUGAUUUGGCCAUGCUGAUCGUUCAAAUUUCAAUUCCUACUAACAGGGGAAGUACUCCAAGUGCGACGCUCAGAUUUUGAUGAAACUUGGCACAAAUUUAGAAUAAUUUUUUCUAAGAUAUAUGCGAGAAUUCUAGCUCGCGCUUUGCAGAAAAAACCGAGAUUUUUAAAACAAAAGUCGGCCAAAAUUUUGGACUUUUUGCCGAAUUUCGGCUCGAAAAGUUUUGUGCCUAUUUCAACCGUAAAGGAUAAUUUUUCUAUAAAAAAUCAAAUUUUUCCGCUCGAAACUGCCAAAGUAAUGGCCAAAAAGGUGUUUUCUCUCUGACCGCUCUCCACGUUUAGCGUGCUCUCUCGGCGGCAAAAAUUGUUCGAUAUCUCGGCGGCGCCGGCAAAGCGCGAGCUAAAACUUUCAGGAAUUGAUAUUUAGUCCAUACCCGACGUGUGUGCAAAAUUUAAAGAAAAUCUGAGCGUCGCACUUGGAGUACUUCCCCUGUAAAAUAUAUAAAUUACGUUUUAGAUCUCUAGUUUUCCUCGAGUCCAAUUGCUAUGAUCCUGAAUUUUGCAUGCAAAUUGCCAAACUUUUCGCCGACGCUUUAUACGACACUGUGAAGAAUGGUGACUAUGUUUUUGGGUUCGGAAUCCUAGAGCCAUUGGUUGAUCUCGUAAGUCGAAGAUAAAAUGAGUACACUUUGACAUGUUAUUUGAGUGUAGCAAAAUUUUGCAGUUCGAAAGAAACAUUCUCGAUUUGGGCAUCCGCCGAUCCCAUCCAUUCAAAAUUUUGGAGGAUCGAGUUAAUCUUUAUCACCUUUGUGAAGACGGAAGAAAACUGGUGGAAGAAAAGGAGCCCGAGCUGCCCGAGGGCUACAGAUUCGAAAGGCUAAAACCGCAGCAUGCCGCGGAAAUUCUGGCAGAUCAAUUGUACGGGAAAAUCACCUCUCCCAAACCUUAUGAGUGAGUUGGAUUUUUACAAAAAAAUUGAGGUAGAAGUAGUUAAUUUUGACUGUUACUGCAACAUCUUCAAAGAUCUCAUCUUGAUGAUCAAGUUUGCAUUUUUUUGAAUUUUUGCUUAAAUAUUCAAAUUUCUGGUCACUUCCCGGGGUUGUCGAAACUUGGUGUAGCUAACGAAAAGACGUUUUUCUGCACGCUGAACACACUUACGAAGUCCCCAUCUCGUUACGACAUCUGAUUCCCGAGUUAUGAAAAAAGCGAGUCAUGUUACAGUAACCCAUCAUACAGUAAAAUUUUCAAAAAAAUUAACAAGAAAGUUUAUUAAAAUAGUAUGUAGCUACAGUUUGCCAAGCUUGAGGUCCUCACAAAAUCAAAAAAGGACUUUUUUCAGACGAACCCUCUCACUUCUGCCAUCCGUCGGCGUUUUCACUGAAGAUACGAAUGAACUUGUCUCUUAUGAAUUUUUGGACGUAACUGGCGCCAUCACUUCCCAAUUCACCCGCCAUCCUCAUCGUCGAAAGGGGAUUGGCAGUGCUGUGGAAUGGAAGAUUUGCGCUGAAACUUGGAAAAAGUAGGAUUUUUUCGGCAUUAAAAUUUAUUUUUUUUGUUACAAUAUGCCAUAUACAAAAGUUGCAAUUUUUUAACUAAAAAAUAGUAUAUAAUGUUAAUUUGUAUUUUUUCCUAUUUUAGAGUCGGAUUAAUCCCAUUGAAAGCCGUCUCGCACAAUCGGCCGCGAGUCCUCAAACUCUCCGACAAUUCCCCCUUAUGGACCCAAAAACUCGAUGAAUCUGGCACCCCAAUCAACGCCAAAUUCUUCAUGUAUUGCAAAACGGACAUGCCCAAGAUUGAGUUCUACGAAAAUUAA